AUGCAGUCGUUCACAAUCGCCCUACCGAACAAUGCCACGGUGGUGGGCAUACACUCGAUCCCAGAUCCAGCCGCAUCUCCUCGCCAUCGUCCAUUGAUUGUCGCCUUGCACGGCGGGACUUACGACUGCCAUUAUUUUGAUGCCACGCUAGACUAUUCCGCCUCUAGAGCAAGUAUUGCUUUCGGCAUCCCGUUCAUAUCUAUUGACCGACCCUGCGUUGGUGGAACUAGCUCCUUUCUACCCGUCCCGGAGGGAUCGAACUUCAAUCAAGAAACUGGGCGCUGGUUGCAUAGCCAUAUCCUCCCUGCAUUAUGGUCUGAAUUCGGCAACGGUUGCAACUGCAUUGUCCUUCUGUGUCAUAGCCUUGGUGUAAUGGGAGGCAUCGUCGCUGCGGCGAUGCAUGCACAGGAUGAGAAGCCGCGAUAUCCGCUCGGAGGUUUGAUCGUAAGCGGAAUGGGUGACAAGGCGUCUCCAUCGGCGAACAAUUCUCCUCCACCCGUGUAUGAGAAGGUCGGCUCGGAUCAUGUUGUGAUGCCUGUGGAUGUCAAGGAUGAAAUGAUGUUUAAGCCAGGGACCUGUAGCCCAGAAGUUCUGGCGCACAGUGACCGCCUGAAUACAGCAACUCCUGUUGUGGAGUUACAGCAGUAUCCAAUUAUUUGGCUUCCCACAUGGCGAGACAAUUGGGCGAAGCAUGUCACAGCACCCGUUAUGUUCGCGCUCGUGGAAAACGAUGUCUUCUUUGAGGCAAACGAGGAGGAAAUCAGAAGCUGCACGGCAGCAUUCGAGAACAGCAUCCGGGUUGACGGCAGUCUGGUCAAAGGCGCACCUCACUGCAUGGAAUUGAGCUAUUGGUCGCAGGGGUGCCUAGACAAUAAUCAGAAGCAGAUUGACAGCCAUCUCGCACUGGAUACUAAACACAGACAUAAGCACCUGGAAUCCCGUUUAGGCAGCUGUGCGGCCGGCCGGCAGGAUUGCACUCUGCGUGAGCGUAUUGCCCUGACUCUGGUUUCACAAAUUCCGCAAAAGCCGCAGUAA